AUGUCAUCAUAUCAACAUAAGAGUGGUGCUCAGAAACGUAAGCAGAAAAGGGAAGAGAAUUUGAGAACUGGGAAACUUCCAAAAAUAAGCAGCUACUUUUCCACUCCAACAACUGCUAGUGUUCCUCCUGUACAGAGUAACACUGAAAGUGAAAUGUCUGUGGAAAGUGCUAUCACAGAGGUGGAAAUCAGCGAGUGCACUCACUCCAGUUGUUUAGAUAUAGCGGGCGAUGAUAACCCUGAUGAAGGUAGUAGCACUAGUCUACCAACAAAAGAAAUAGUGCAGUCAUCAGAAAGCACCAAAUCAGGUGAUGAUUUUGCAUUGUUGAAAUCUACAGAGGCUUCUAUAGAAAGUAGUGUUGUAGGAGAGAAACAUGUUACUGAUAGGGGACAUUACCCUAUCACAAUAAUGGAUUCAAAUCUAAAGAGAUUUAUAAUAGCUCAUGGCCUGUGCCGACCUCCAGGACUUUUUUCACGCGAUCAGGAGAGAAGGUGCUCUUCUGAAAGCUAUUAUGAAAGAAUUACAAAAACAGGCCUUAAGAUCCCUGUGAUGUGGCUAUGCUACUCACCUAAACUGAAUGUAGCAUACUGUGAACCAUGCUGGCUGUUUGGGGACCGUAAAAAGGCAGGAUUUGAACCUGCAUGGGCAAAAGGAAUCCAGAAAUGGCAAAGGCUUUCUGCAAGAAUUCAGGUUCAUGAGUCUUCCCAAACUCAUAUAGAAGCCUGUGUAGUGUAUGAACAGUGGAGGAAGAACAAAACAAUUGAUGAGGAAAAUGAGAAGCAAAUUAGACAGGAAAAAAACUAUUGGAGACAAGUAUUACAUAGAAUUGUCAACGUUACAUUAACAAUGUCAAUGGCUAAUCUUGCCUUCCGUGGUCAUAGAGAAAAAGUAGGCGAGGUAAACAAUGGGAAUUUUCUCUCUAUUAUAGAGCUGCUCGCGGAGUAUGACCCUGUUCUGAAGCAACUCCUCCAGUUACCCCAAAAAUCUGUAAAAUAUUUAUUUAAGUCCUAG